GUUACAGGUCAGAGUUGCUGAUGUUGACAGCGUGCUUUUCUGAGACUGGCAGUUACAUGUGAUUGAGGAGAGUGUUUUGUGAAGUAAGGUCGUUUCCGGAGGGGAGAUGCGGAACCUGAAGCUCCAGAAGCUGCUGCGCUGCUCGGAACUGCGAGGCCCCGGUAUCCCGCAAUGCUUCUCCGUGCGGACCGACACCGGUACCGUGCUGGUGGCUUCGGAGUACGGCAUUACCGAGCUGGACCCGCGGUCUGCACAGGUGGUAACCGAGGUGUCCCUGACCGCUGACAGUUAUCUUGCCGAAGAUGGUAGCGGCACUGUUGUGGGGAUUCAGGAUUUACCAGAUCAGGAGUCAGUGUGCGUGGCGACAGCUGCUGGUGAUGUCAUCUUAUACAAUUUCAGUACCAGCCAGCUGGAGUGCGUGGGUAGCGUGGACAGCGGCCUGACGGCCAUGUGCUGGAGCCCUGAUCAGGAGCUGGUGGUCUUCACCACAGGUCAGGAGACCAUCAUCGUCAUGACCAAGGACUUUGAUCCGAUAACGGAGGUAGCGAUCCACCAGGACGACUUUGGGGAGGACAAGUUCAUCACAGUGGGCUGGGGGAAAAAGGAGACCCAGUUCCAUGGAUCAGAGGGCAAGCAGGCUGCUCAGCGCAAGGUUGCAGAGGUUCAGCCCGCUUUGCCCUGGGAUGAUCGUAGGCCCCGGAUCACAUGGAGGGGGGACGGACAGCUCUUUGCCAUCAGUGCCGUGUGCCCACAGACCGGCGUCAGGAAGGUGAGGGUAUGGAACAGGGAGUGUGUGUUACAGUCCACCAGCGAAGCGGUCAACGGCCUGGAGCAGGCGCUGUGCUGGAAACCCUCGGGGAGCCUGAUCGCCUGUACACAGAGACAGCCUAAUAAGCACAGUGUGGUGUUCAUGGAGAAGAAUGGUCUCCUGCAUGGAGACUUCACCCUGCCCUUUGGCAGGGAGCAAGUCAAGGUAAAAGAGCUGCUGUGGAACAGUGACUCCACCGUUCUGGCUGUGUGGAUGGAGGACAUGAAGCCUGGGGAGGACAGCCAGCUCCAGACAUACCUCCAGCUGUGGACAGUGGGGAACUACCACUGGUACCUGAAGCAAAGUAUGAACUUUGGGAGGAGCCUCAUACGGACUCCGGUCUGCGUGAGCUGGGACCUGGAGGUGCCCCUCCGCCUGCACCUGCUGACCCGUGGCUGGCUCAGCUUCACCUAUGACUGGGCCUGGAGUACAGACCGUAGCGUUGGCGAUGACGCCCAUGACGAUGCCAGUGUAGCUGUGAUUGAUGGAGACAAGGUGCUGGUCACCCCCUUCCGCCUGUGCGUGGUGCCUCCACCCAUGUGUGCCUACGAGCUCCAGCUGCCCAGCCCUGUCUCCCAGGUGUCCUUCCUCCACGAGUCCCAAAGGACCAGCAACAUGGCUGUGCUGACGACUGACGGGCGUGUCUGUGUCUACAGCCACGGAACCAGAAUCCAGGAAGGGGAUGCGAGCACAGCAGCAGGGUUCAGGGUGGCAGCCCAGGUGCCAGAGCUGAGGAACACCUACAGCGUUGACCUGGACUGUGAGGACCCCUUAGUGUUCCGAUUGUUCCUGUGGCUGAGAGAGGAUACCUUCCUGGGUGUGGCCUGUGGGGAUUUGCCCUCUCAGUCCCGCCUCCUGGUGCUAGGCCCCUCCCAUGGUGCAGAGGACAGCCUGAAGAUUAGAUGGAGUUCCUGUCUGGAGGGUCAUGUGAUCACGCUGUGCCAGAGCCCCAAGACGGGCUCGGUGGCCUUGCAGCUGGAGGAUGGUCAGGUCCGGAAGCUUCUCUGGGAUUCCCAUGAACCCCGUGUGGCAGAGUGGUGUAACAGCAGCGGAUCGGUGGUCCGCUUCCCCAUUCCCUGUGUGCAGACCACUUUGGGGACCGUCGGAGAGGAGGAGCACUUGCUGGGUCUCACUGACCGGUCUCGCUUCUUCAUUGAUAGCACAGAGGUGGCGUCGAACGUAUCUUCCUUUGUGGUGCAUGAUGUGUUUCUUCUGCUCACCACCCACGCACACACCUGUCGGUGCCUCAAUCUGAGCUCGCUCUCAGUAAAAGGGCUCCAGGAAGCCCUUGGCUGUGACGUUGGACAGAAUGAUGAGACGCUGAGGCGGGUUGAGAGGGGUUCCCGCAUCGUGACUGUGGUUCCUCAAGAUUCCCGUCUGGUUCUGCAGAUGCCUCGAGGGAACUUGGAGACGGUGCACCAUCGAGCGCUGGUCCUGUCACAGGUCAGGAGAUGGUUAGACAGCCUAAAAUUCAAGGAAGCCUUUGAGUGCAUGAGGAAACUGCGGAUCAACCUCAACCUCAUUUACGACCACAAUCCCAAGAUGUUUCUGGAGAACGUGGAGACCUUCCUGAGGCAGAUCGAUUCAGUCAGCCACGUGAACUUGUUCCUCACAGAGCUCAGGGAGGAGGACACCACCAAGACAAUGUACCCCUGUCCAUCCCACACCGCUGGCAUGCCAACUUCAGAAAGGUCUAGAACAAAGGUGGACACGGUGUGUGAUGCUCUUAGGACAACCAUGGAGACUUUAGACCCACACAAAUACUGUUUAUCAAUUUUGACUUCACAUGUAAAGAAGACCGUUCCAGAGCUAGAGAUCGCCCUACAGAAGGUUCAUGAGCUUCGAGUGAAUCCUCCCACAAAACAAGACGCGGUGAGUGCAGAGGAGAGCCUGAAAUACCUGCUCUUCCUGGUCAAUGUGAACGAGCUAUACGAGCACUCGCUGGGCACCUACGACUUCGACCUUGUGCUCAUGGUGGCGGAGAGGUCACAGAAGGACCCGAAGGAGUACCUUCCAUUUCUUAACGCCUUGAAGAAGAUGGAGCCCAACUAUCAGCGAUACUCCAUCGACAUGCACCUGAGAAGAUACGGCAAGGCCCUGCAGCAUGUCAGCAAGUGUGGGGAGCAGCAUUUCCCAGAGUGUCUGAACCUGGUGAAGGACCAGAGGCUGUACAGAGAAGCCAUGCAGCUUUACCCAUUGGACAGCCCCCAGUACAAAGCUGUGAGCUGCGCCUAUGCGGAGCACCUGGUGGAACAGCAGCAGGCGGAGCAGGCGGGGCUGUUGCUAUGGCGAUGCGGAGAGACGCACCGCGCCCUGCAGGCCUUCGUGAGCAGCUGCAGUUGGCGGCAUGCCCUCUGCGUGGCGGCUCAGAUCCCCCUGCCCUCUGACCAGCUGGCCCUGCUAUCUCGUGACCUUGCAGCCAGGUUGAUGGAGCUUCGACGGCACACAGAAGCCUCCCUGCUGCUGGAGCAGUACGCCAAGGACUGUGAGGAGGCCAUCUCUGCUCUGAUUGCCGGGUCGGCGUGGGAGGAGGCGCUCAGGCUGGUUUACAUGUACAACAGACUGGACAUCAUUGAAACGGAUCUGAAACCAGCCAUCCUGGAAGCGCAUGGCCAUCACAUGACCUUCCUGGAGGCCCAGAAGUCCACGUUCCUGAGGCACAAAGCCCGCUUGGCCGUGGUGCGGCAACAGAAGCAGGAGGCCAGACUGGAGCUCCUGGAUGAGGGUGUCCCCGACUGCCCCGAUGCGGAGCUCUUCUCUGAAGCCAGCAGUGUGAUGACGGCCAGUGCUGCCGGCUCCAAGUACUCGCAAAGUAACUCGCGCAUUUCUGCGAGGACGUCGAAGAACCGGCGGAAAGCGGAGCGGAAGAAGCACAGCCUGAAGGAGGGGAGCCCCCUAGAGGACGUGGCAUUGCUCUACGCCUUGACGGAGAUCAUCCAUGCUGUGGAUAAGCUGCGAGAUGAGGUGCACACCCUGCUCAAGGCACUGGUGCUGUUUGGACUGGACCCACAGGCACGGCGUCUGCAGCAGGACUAUGGCGAGGUUCUACUGCUCCUUGAGUCAUCCAUUCCGGCGGUCUGGCCAGAGGACCUACAACAGAGCUCCGCCCCUGUGAUGGGACCUAACUCGACAGCAAACAGCAUUGCGGCCUCGCUCCAGCAGCCAAGACCGUCGCCCGUGGACAUUCAGCAAAAUGCGGAGAUCUGCAUCCCACCAAAGAUGAAAAGCCACGUCCGAUGGGAGCUCAGCGUCCUGAAGUAACUGAACUAUGAAAACCAUUUCAUCAGCAGUACAUCGGUAACACUUGUAUUUUAAAGUUUUAAAUUAAAGUACAUUUUCUUUA